AUGUCUGAUAGCCACGACACCACAGAUACGACAGGGAAUAAAUAUUCGCAGCAGGGACAUCAAGGUCGGCCGCGUAACGUGGUACUCUAUGGGGAGAGUGGGGUAGGCAAAAGCUCGCUCAUAAACCUUAUCAUGGGUCGUGAUGCAGCGAAAACAUCUCCUGAUGCCCUCGCAUGUACUACUACACAUGCUCCGUAUGAUGCGACGAUCAGCGGGCAACACUUCAGGCUGUGGGAUACAGCAGGGUUAAAUGAGGGCUCAGAAGGCACAGUACCUGCAGUGACGGCUGAAAGGAACUUGACUGCGUUCCUCCGAGGUCUUAACCAGGAAGACGGUGUCCAUCUUCUUAUAUAUUGUGUGCGCGGAACGCGAGCAACGAAGGCUCUGCAAACUCACUACAAGAUAUUCUCGGCAGUUAUCCGUGAUAGCAAAGUGCCCACGAUUAUUGUGGUGACGUGCCUGGAAGACUUCCGUCCCGUGAUGGCAGAGUGGUGGAAUGAGAACAAGGACGAGCUUGCAACGUAUGGAAUGCAAUUCUCUGGAUAUGCUUGCGUCACCACUUUGAAGGAUGAACCCACAGAGUCCCCGGAUAUUCACCAACGUCAUGCACAGUCCUACAAUGAUGUCUGCAGAAGCAUCCUAGACCAUUGUUCGCAGACUCCUCACAAAACGUGGGGCGCUGAUACUAUCAAAGAUCAGCGAAGCUUCCUCGCGAUUUUGCUGCAGAAAUUAGCUCGUUUUGUUGGAGGAGCCCACCGUGACCAGGAUGCCUUAAAAGCAUCUUUGUCGUAG